AUGCAUUCUUUUUUGUUGAUCUUGGGUGUGUUUGCCCUCAACAACAUCUCCCUUGCUCUUGCAGGACCCCCUAGAGCGACGUCCGCGCAAGUUGACCUGGGAUAUGAAAUCCACACAGGCUUUCUCAAUACAACCGGCAACUUUUACAACUUCUCCAACAUCCCUUAUGCAGAACCUCCAGUUGGAAACCUGCGCUUCACCGCUCCCCGGGCACAUUCUACUGCAUCACCAAAGCCGAGGAAUGACGGCUCCAGAUUUGCUGUCUGUCCUAACGCGAUUCCAGCAUGGACUGCUGUUGCCACCAAAUGGUUGACGCAGGGCAUAGGCAGUAUCAAUAUCAGCGCUGGGUAUACCCCACCAGCGAUCACCACUCUACCUACUCCUAUCCUUUCAACUAGCGAGAACUGUCUUCUGUUGGAUGUCAUGGUUCCAAAGGCAAUCUUUGAUAACAAGGGGACAGGAGCUGGCGCACCAGUGCUCGUUUGGAUCCAUGGCGGAGGCUACACUCUUGGAUGGAAAACGCAAUAUGGAACCGGUGGAGGUCUUAUAAAAGCCAGUAAAGGCGGUAUAGUCUACGUAGCUAUCAACUAUCGACUUGGUCUUUUCGGGUUCCUCUCAGGACCAACAUUCCAGAUGAACGGUACCGCCAACGCUGGUCUCCUCGACCAGCGCUUUGCACUUGAGUGGGUUCAGCAGAACAUCCAUCUCUUCGGUGGAGACCCCACUCGUGUAACUGUGAUGGGGGAAUCAGCAGGGGGAGGAAGCACAAUCCAUCAGGUGACUGCAUAUGGCGGCCUGCUCGGGAGAGUGCCUUUCUCGCAAGCCAUCAUCCAGAGCGGUGCAUUCCUCAUGGUACCCAACAACAAUCGACCAGAGGACAUCUAUCAGAAGUUCCUGUCCUUGGCUGGAGUCAGUACCCUACAACAAGCAAGGACUUUAUCAACAUCAAAGCUCCAACUGGUUAACUAUCAAUUGGUUGGAGCAGCGCCAUAUGGAGACUUCACAUUCAAUCCCUCUGUCGACGGUAGUUUCGCCCCUAAACUUCCAGGGGAGCUACUUUUGCACGGUCAAUACGACAAAUCACUGAAACUCAUAAUCGGCCAUAACGUUGACGAAGGGUUGUACUUCACCUCCCCCUUCGUCUUCACCGAAGCCACCUUCCGCCAGAACGUAAUCACAGUCUCCUUUCCCGACUCCCCCAUUGACGGCCGCCAAGACUACAUCGCCAACACGCUCUACCCACCUGUCUACGACGGCACCUACGGCUACACCGACCCCGUCAUCCGCGGCGACUUCAUCGUCUCCGGAGCCCUCUUCCAAUGCAACGCCGAAUACCUCGCGCAAGCCUUCGGCUCUUCGGCUUGGUCGUACCUCUUCAGCGUCCCACCCGCACUCCACGGCGACGACAUUGCCUACACCUUCUACGAGGGCCCUGCAGCGGCCGUCAAGAACAGCGCCUUAGCACUAACCAUGCAAGCAUACUGGACGAACUUCGUCAUGCACGGAAACCCUAACGGUGCGGGUCUGCCCCACUUCCCGAAUUUCGGCGCCACGGGACAGCUGCUGGAUAUCAACCAGACGUUCAUUGUUCCUAUCCCCAAUGACUUGGGUGGAUCAAAGGCACACUGCGAUUGGUGGCAGAAGGGGUUGUACUAUUAA